AUGUUCUUUCGCUAUACUCACUUUGGUAUCGGUCAUUCAGCCACGAUUUGGAGAAUCACACGGGAUGCUCUUGGUAUGGCAGAUUCAACUGUAAGGACCGAAGCCAUGGAUGUUCAAGUUGUAGACGGCGAGGAGGAUAUGGAUGCUGGCGAAGAUGAACAAGAGGACAUCGGUGACGAGGAUGAUGAAGAACUCGACGAAGAGGAAGAACUCGACGAAGAGGAAGAACUCGACGAAGAGGAAGAACUCAAGGAUGACAUUAGUGAAGAAGGGGACUUAGUAGAGGGAACAUUGGACAGCGAGGGGCAUGACGAUGAGGAUGAGUUCGAGGAUCAUCUCUCUUUCUAA